CUUAUCAGUUCAAAAUGGCAGAAGGGUCAAAUCGUGGCAAUUUGGAUGAUUUGACCAAUCCGAUGUCGUCAAAAGAAAACAGUGUUUACAACUUUGUACAAUCGACGCAAAAACACACAGAAAACACAGCACGUGAUACAAACAACCCCAGGCCAGCUAUGGAGAUCGGCCCAUUUGUCAGUGCUGAGGUCGAUAAGGCAGAAGAUAGUUAUAAUGUAGAAACGUCAAAUCAUCUGUGGCCGAGGGAGGCGGAGCGUGACGAUUUAUUGUUUCAAGAUAGUGACAGCGAAAACGAUUUUGUAUGGAAUAGUGCACGUGAUUCUACGAUGCCUAAACUCGAUUUACUGGAAGAUGCACAACAGGAAAUCCCCCCGACAGAAAUAGGUGAUGAAAGAGUCAUUAGAAACGAUGCUGAUUCUAGGGAAAGUGACAGACUGCUGUCCACGUAUUCUGAUGGACUUUAUAGUGAAUAUAAUGGUCAUCAGAAUGGAACUAUGGUUCCACUGGAGGAGGAGGACUCGAUGUGGCACUGUCACCAGGACACACCUGCGCAGGUGGACAGGGUGGCCAGGAAUCAGUUAAUAGCCAUCAGUGUUAUCUGUGUUAUCUUCAUGAUAGGGGAAAUUAUCGGUGGUGUGUUCUCACACAGUGUUGCCUUGUUUACUGAUGUUGCUCACCUAGCUAGUGAUCUCAUUAGCUUCCUCAUCAGCUUAUUGGCUCUCUACCUCUCAAGAAAACCAGCUUCAAAGAAGAUGUCCAUGGGAUACUACAGAAUAGAGGUACUUGGAGCACUGAUCAGCAUUUUGAUGAUUUGGUUGGUGACGGGGAUACUGUGUUACACAGCGGGUAAGAGGAUUGUGACAGGAGACUACACCUCUGUCGAGCCCACCUACAUGCUGGCUACCGCUGUAUCAGGAGUUAUAUUCAAUGUCAUAAUGGGAGUCGUUUUGAUUUCCCAGAAGUGUGGUUCAGCCACGUCACAUCUGAGAUUUGGUCAUUCCCAUGGACACGGCCAUUCCCAUGGUAACAGACAUUCACAUGGUCACUCCCACAAUUCCCUGACCAUAAACAGUGACCGGCCGGACAUUGCCUACAGUCCACUACUUAGUCCUGCUAGUGAGGAAGACCUGGCGCUCUCUGGUGAUGCAGAAAUGGAGAGUCCGGUCACAAAACACGAAAACAUUAACAUCAGAGCAGCUUUUAUACAUGUUAUAGGGGACAUUAUCCAAAGUUUAGGCGUGCUCAUAGCUGCUCUUAUUAUCAAAUUCACAGAUGGGGAGGAGUACAAACUGGCUGACCCCAUCUGUACGUUUAUCUUCUCCAUUCUAGUCAUGAUUACCACAGUCAAGGUGCUAAGGGACACACUUCAUGUGGUUAUUGAAGCUGUGCCAAAAGAUAUUGAAUACCACAAAGUGCUCAAUGAUAUCAAAUCAAUUCCUGGAGUUACGUCUGCCCAUAGUCUGGCAUUGUGGGCCCUGACUGUGGAUAAGAAUGCAGUAACAGUGCAUAUCUCCAUUGAUGGCUCAAAUGAUCAUCAGAAAAUUCUGGAAAGGACUUCUAAGAUGUUGAGGACAAAAUACAAGUUUAUCUUCACAACAAUACAAGUGGAAAUGCACCGCUCUAGCCUAAUGGAGUCCUGUCGUCACUGCAGCAUUCCUAAUGUGUAG